UUUUUUUUUCUUUUUUUUUCUUUUUUCCUUUUUCCUUCUACAACUCUUUCCUCUUUAUCCUUCUCUUCUUACUUAUUUCCACUUCAUCGCCAUGGCUGUGCAGAGGAAACCAUCACCUCAAGAGACAAAGGUUGAAAACAAAAUCGAUGCUCAGGUCGGCAAGACAUGGGGACGCGAUCGAGAUGUCUCGUUUGGCACGAUCUUGAUAUCGCUCGGAAUUCUGGUUAUGUCGCCUUUGUGGGUCUACAACGCGCCUGACCACAUGGAGGCUCUCAAAACCCUCCUAAUCCGUGAAGUCCCUCGGUUCUCGCCCCAUGCUACUCGUAUCGCCUUCGGCUGGCUGCUCUUCCAGGCUGCUCUCUAUGCCUUCUUGCCCGCCAAGAUUGGCUAUGGUCAGCGCACCCCUGCUGGUCACCUUUCCCCUACAAGAAAAAAACGCGUUAAUGGCUUGCUUGCUUGGAUCAUUUCACACAUCAUUUUUGCUGCUGGCGGACUGUACUUUGGCUGGUGGAGACUCUCAGUCAUUCAGGAGAACUGGGGUGGUCUCUUGCUUGCUGCCAACAUGUACGGAUACUUCUUGACCUUCUUCUGCUACUUCAAGGCCCGCGUUUUCCCCUCUCAUCCUGCUGAUCGCAAGUUCUCAGGCUCGUUCAUCUAUGAUCUUUUGAUGGGUAUCGAAUUUAACCCCCGUAUUGGCAAGUACUUUGACUUUAAGCUCUUCCACAAUGGUCGUCCCGGUAUUGUGGCCUGGACUAUGAUCGACCUUUCCUUUGCCGCAGCUCAGUACCAGAAGAUUGGUUAUGUCACCAACUCGAUGAUUCUUCUCAUCUUACUCCAUGGUACCUAUGUCCUCGAUUAUUUCUACAAUGAGGACUGGUACCUCCGUACUAUUGACAUUGCUCAUGAUCACUUUGGAUUCUACCUCGCCUGGGGUGAUGCCGUCUGGUUGCCCUGGUUGUACACUCUCCAGUCACACUAUCUCUUCCGCAACCCUGUCGACUUGACGCCUGUGCAAUUCGCCAUCAUCUUUGCCAUCGGCUUUACUGGAUACUUCAUCUUCCGCUCUGUCAACCAUCAGAAGGACAUUGUCCGCUCCACUAACGGCGAAUGCAUGAUCUGGGGAAAGCCAGCCAAGGUGAUCCGUACCUCAUUCGUGAACCUCAGAUGGAAAGUCCACAACUUGAUGAUGGCAUUGGCCAUGUGCAUGACCUGCGUACCAAGCACCUCUUGCCUUAUUUUACAUCAUUUACAUGAAUAUCUGCUCCUUCAUCGUAUCCAGCGCGAUCACACUCGUUGCAAGGGCAAGUAUGGCAAGUACUGGAGAGUACGAGAAGCUUUACCAUAUAAGCUGUUCCCUUACAUCUACUAAGACAUCCGUCCUUUUAGUAAAUGUAUAAAAAUAAAUAAAUACGUCAAUUAUACAGA